AUGUUUAAUUUUGGUAAAACUAAUACCUCAUUUGGAGGUCAGCCGGCUUCAUCAAAUACCGGGUUCCCAUUUAACAAUCAACAACAACAGCAACAACAGCCAUUAGGUGGAGCUGGCUGUGCUCCUGGUGCCAGUACUGCUACUCAAGGUGGUGGUUUUGGUUUUAAUCAAGGUACUGCUGCUCCAGGGGGCGGUGCUGGUCAAUCCACUGGCGGUUUAUUUGGUUCAAAUACAAGUACAAAUGCAACAGCAGGUACUGGCGGUGGACUUUUUGGUUCUUCAAAUCAAACUAUGAAUAUUGGCACUACAAACACAGCUUCUGGGGGUCUGUUUGGUGCAAAGCCAGCAACAGGAGCUCCUGGCAGUGGUCUGUUUGGUUCCAACACAGGCAUUGCUACCAAUACAACCACUGGGGGUGGAUUGUUUGGAAGUAAACCUGCCGGAAUUACCACAGCUGCUCCAGGUAGUCUUGGUGGCGGUUUAUUUGGUGCCAAGCCCGCAGGAGCAGCCCCAUCUGCUACUGCUACUGGUGGUGGUCUAUUCGGUGGUGCUAAUGCUACUGCUCCUACUCCAACCACUGGCGGUGGAUUAUUUGGUGCAAAACCUUUAGGUACUACCACUGGCGGUGGAUUAUUUGGCAAUUCUGCAGCUGGAAAUACUACCUUGGGUGGUACAGGCUCUUCUCUAUUUGGAAACACACAAUCAUCGACUCUAGGUGGUGGAGUCGGUCUAUUCGGUGGUCAACAACAACAACAACAACAAUCUGUUCAGCAAUCAGCGAUAUACUCUAUUUCUCAAUUACCUAUUACCCCAAUGACCAGAAUAAUCGAUUUACCACCUGCAUUACGUCAAGAAAUUGAACAAUUAGACCAAUUUAUUCAAAAACAAGUUCAAAUUUCACAACAUCUAAAAGCAGACGAAGAGGAACAUAUGUCUUUGGUACAAUCGAUACCAAGAGAUAUAACAUAUUUAUCAAAGAAUCAAUCUAUAACAAAACAAACAUUAUCCCAAGAUCUACGAAAAAUUGCAUUUAUAAAGGAAACGACAGACCAAAGUAUUUCUAAUACACAACAAUUUACUAUCUUAUUCCAACAACUAUUGACUCCAGAUAGCAAGGUAUCAUCAAUCGAAUUAGAUAAGUUUUUCCAACAAAAGAUUCAACUUUAUCAAAAGAAAUUAGACGAUUAUUUCCGUGUUCUAUCGGAUAUCGAAAGUACUGUCAAUGGUAUCAAUGACGACCUAUUUGGUACAGGUAGCAAUACACAUGAAGCUUCAUCAGAUGGUCCAAAUUUAUACGCAUUGAAAAAUGGUUUAAAUGCAUUGGUUGCUACCGUUAUCGAAGAAUUUAAAUUAUUCAUGGAUACUGCUGAAAGGGUAGCAGAGUUACAUCAAAAGGUAAAAGAAUAUACUGUAGGCAACUCUUUAAAUAAAUAG